GGCGCCCAUCGCAUACCCGUGACCGCAGCCACCACACCCAUUUUGUCUUGUCGGCAUACGCCGCCGUCUCCUUCAACAUGGAAUUCGUGAUGCGCGACGACGAGAGCGCCACGUUCAACGUCGAGGAGGAGCGGAUCGAUAGUCUGAGUCCAUGCCGCCGGCAUCGCUGCUUCGUCCAGCCACCAGAUCUCGCGCGCUGAUGCUGGACUACGGAAGCAGAAGGGCACUUCAGCGCCGGUGUACGCGGCCGGUGCCAGCACCGCGUCCGCGUUAGUGGCUACUUCAGCGCCGGUGGACGCGGCUGGUGCCCGCACCGCGUUAGUGGCGAGGCAGCAGCGAGCAGCCAACGGGACGGGAGAGCCGGUUCCUAGUAAGUGCCUAGCUGUUUUUGGAAAUCCGAAUAGAUUUGCCAAGAUUUAUUUUGGAAAUCCUAGGAGAUUUGCGAACAGCUAUCUAGCUCACCUAGAAAAGGUCGCUCGGUGUGCAAAGGCGAAGCAGCAAACAGGAUGCAAGAAAAUCUCGCUAGAAUCAGAAGACAGGAGCUCAACCUCGUGAAUCGUGGCGCCGAGCUCGGCCAUAUCAUCGCCAUACCUCAGUUUUAUGGACUAUGGUGUCGAGUCGUGUUAUCUCGGUGUCACGGCCUAUAAGCUAUCAGCUUGUUCGCUGCGGCUUGCUGCGGCUGCAAUCCGGCUGCGGCUGCGGCUUCUACAGUAUUUUUCUCUCUAUGGAUUGCAGCUGCAGCAGUCCAAACAGCUGCAACAGUGUCGGCUUGCAGCCAGCCGAACACGCCCUAUGACGCUGAACAAAGAGUCUAAAAAUAGAAAUACUUUAUCUAGAAGACUAAAUAUGAAAUUUGUUCAAAAAAGGGCUAAAAUUCAAAAAAUCCGGUUGGACGUGCUGGGUGGUUUGAAUAGGGGCUGGGCGUGGGCGGUUGCCCGGUACGCGCGACGUGGUGCGUGUCGCGAGUGGAGGGAACAAGAAUAUGACAUGUGGUUUCGUGGCUCAGCGUUAGGACCGGGCAUAAAACCUGAGCCCGAAGUCCGUUACGCAAAAUACUCGAACCCGUACCCGUUUAGUCUGAGACCUGUUACCCGAACAGUUCUAACGUGUAACAAAAUGGAAUACCUGAACUAAGUUUGGGUCUAAUCGGGUAUUCACCCGCGGUACCCGAAGUACCCAUUCUACCCGAAAUUAGACAACACGUGCCAGGUCGAGCGCUAGCCGCUAGCCCAACAGCGGCACAGCCCACGGGCCACACCCAGUUGAUAGCCUACUCAGUUCUUCCUCCUCCGUCAGUCACUGGCUCGGUCCAUUCGUUAGCAUAUCACCAGUCCUUGAUCAGCAUUGUUAAUACUACUAGCUCGCUGCUGAGUGCUGGCUAUGCGAAACUUCAUUCCAGUUUCUUCACAAAAUUCCAACUCGAGCUCGUCGUCGCUAUCGCUGGACCGUACGAACGUGCCGGCCCCCUCCCUGCAUGGUGGACCAAAGAGCCACCCAGAUCAGGGCGGAUCCCCGUGAAAUCCCCCUCUUGUUCUUUAAUUACUCCCAGGCGGAGGAAAGGCGGCAGUGCACAACGACAGAGACGAAGACUUUGGAAUCGUCCUUGAAUACAAGUACGGGUACCCGAACUUAUACCCAAACCUAAACCUGAAUUUGCGGGUACCUGAAAUUGCGGGUACCCAAAAUUUCGGGUACGAGUACGGGUUCUACGGUUGAAAACCCGAAAUAUAAAAAACCCAAAAAGCCCGACCCAAAAUUUCGAGUAAACGCGAACGCCCAGUCCUACUCAGUGUAUCGGCUGGCAUGACGAUUGACGGAAGGGGUCCGUGGGGCAGCGGCGAGGCCCUCCGCGCGCGAGAGCGCCGCGUUGGCAAGCGGGGUCCAUGCAAUAGUGAGAGGGAGGAGGCUUAAUGAGGGCGCGGUCAGCUACUAGCAGGCGGGGCCCACGGCGCAGCGGCACUGGGUGUGGAUGUGGGCACACGCGGGCGCGUGCAGGCCGUGGCUGGAUCGGGCCGAAAGGCCAAGGGCGAGAAGGGUGAAGUCUUCCUUUUUUAUUUUCUUUUUAUUUAAAUUUAGUUUCCCCUUUUUGAAUUCAAAAUUAAACAUGAUUCUUAAAUUUGAAUGAAUGCACACCAAGACACUUCAACUAAUAAGUAUAUAGAUGUACCAGUCUGUGAUGCAACAAUCCAUGACUCUGUUAGGUUAUAUUAUUUGCCAAGAUACAAAUACAUAUUCAAAAUAACUCUCCCUUUUUAGAGAAAAGGAAAAGAAAAUAAAUCUUUCACGGUGGUAGAUUUCAUAUUUGUAUUUCUAAGUUGCCACAUAAUCAUGAAAGAAAUGAAACCUUGGUUAAAACAGCCUCUCAUAGUGAAGAGUUUCAUUCAGCACAGUUUCACAAUUAAUAUGCAAGAGAUAAUAUGUCUAGGUAAUGAUUAACAUGCGUGAGAAGGGCUUUCUUCUUACUCCCUCCGUUUCUUUUUAGUUGUCGCUGGAUAGUUCAAUUUUGCACUGUCUAUCGACAACUAAAACGAAACGGAGGAAGUACUAUCUACCCAAAGUUGUAUUACCCCCUUUGUUGAGUUUUUUUUUUAAAUUUUUUUUGUUGGACCUAAUAUGCCGAGACGAAGAUCUGUUCCCCACUAAUGAUUACUUAUCAAAUAUGUAGGUAAUUGAGAAAACGGAUUUAGAAGGUUGAUUUGAUAUAUUUCAUGAUAGAUGGAAUCAAUAUCUACCUUAAUUAGAUGAAGAUUUUAGAUGUUACUUUAGAUAUGUUCAUAAUUGUAGAGAUGAGUAAUUUGGGAAAAUAAAUUAGAUCCAAAUGCUAAUUAUUACCAGUGAUGAUUAUGAUGGUCUACCAAAUGACGACCAGAGAUAUUUCUAUAUAUCGUUUAUUUACAAAAAGAAGUUGGUUGAUGAUCUACCAAAUGCUCGGUGUCGCUCAAGUCUCACUGUCUAAUUAAUAGCCAUUAUUGCCUUCCGUGUUAACAGAUCCACCUAAGUUCGAACUUUGGGUGAUAAUACUUUUAGCUGUUGCGAGUGUGUCAUUUGCUGCUUUAGUGGCUGCUCUACUUUGGAUUAUCAUGCACAGACAUUAUUCCCGUGCCUCAUCGAUGAAGAUAGAGUUGCAAGUUGCAAGGGAAUUCUCGUACCAGGAGCUGUCUGCAGCGACCAGCAACUUCUUCAAGGACAGGAAGCUCGGCGCGGGCCAGUUCGGGGAGGUGUACAGAGGUGAGCUGCCGGACCCUCUCAUGCCGCCGGUGGCGGUGAAGAGGCUGACGAGGCAGAUGGAGGCGCGGACCCGGAAGGACUACGUGACCGAGAUCAUGACCUUGGGCCGGCUCAGCCACCGGAACCUAGUGAAGCUCGUCGGCUGGUGUCAAGGCGGCAAUGAGCUGCUGCUCGUGUACGAGCUGGUAACGAACAGGAGCCUCGACGAGCACCUCCACAGGUCAGAGCGCCUGCUGGCGUGGCCUGAGAGGUACAGGAUAGUGCUCGGCAUAGGCUCCGCCAUAGAGUACCUCCACACCGGCGACCAGAACCCCAUCCUGCACCGCGACAUCAAGCCCAGCAACGUGAUGCUGGACGAUGACUUCGAGGCCAAGCUCGGCGACUUCGGGCUCGUGAGGCAGAUCCAUCCAGGACAUGGCUCUUCCCUCGAGGGCACCGUCAUGAUCGGGACUAGGGCGUACAUGGAUCCCGUAUGCAUGAGCACCAACACGGCGAGCACAGCGUCCGACAUAUACAGCUUCGGAGUGCUGCUGUUGGAGAUCGCCACCGGCCUGAUGCCGACCGAGGUGGCGGGCCCAGGAGGCCUCCUCUCCAACACCCUCAUCAGCACUGUCCGGGAAUACUACGGCAGGGGAUCGGUCCUCGAGAUGGCUGAUAGGCGGCUGAACGGCGACUUCGACGAGGGCGAGAUGGAGCGGGUGCUGCUCGUCGGUCUCUUGUGUGUCCAGCAGGAUCGCCGUCACCGGCCGGAAAUCAGAAUCGCUGUCAACAUGCUCUCGAAUCUCAAGCUUCCGAGUCCUAGAAUUCGUUCCUGAAAAGAUUCACUCGCCAAUAAUAGGGUGCCUUGCCUCUCGAAUCUCAGGCUUCCGACUCCCAGAUUCGUUCCUGUAUGUACAUAGUGCUUUGUGAGUUAGCAUUUGGUCUGGCUUUGAUCACGUAUUCCUCUAUAAACUAGCAAGCUGGCUCGCACAAGAACUAAUGUGAUGUUUGGUUCACAUAUUUGUAAUGUAACGGGUAACAGAUAACGUUAAAUCAUGUUUAU